CCAACACCAGUGGGGGGGUCCGUAGGGGCCCCCCCUCGACGUCAAAAUUUUUGCCCAGGGGCCCCUUAACAGGCUAAUCCGUUCAUGGAAACAAGCUCAAGCUCCGUCCUACCCUGCUCCACCUUUUUAUUUCCCCCUCCUUUUUUUCCCCCGGUAAACUCAGCAGUGAUAUAUCUUGUUCAUAGAAGAUCUUCGACGUGGAGGGCGAGAGGAAAGGGAGGGGUCGGAAAUCGAGAGCAUGUGCUGCAUGACUCACGAGUGCGGCUGGAAACGAGUCGGACUACUCACUGUACCUCGCAGGAUCAAGUUUUGGACGCCCCGGACAGAGUCACACGGAGUUUCAGUUUUAAGACCUGGGCUAGCGGCGUGCGUUAGUUUCCUCCGCCCAGGUUGGCAGUUAAGAAGUAACCAUGAAUAGUUCAGACAUGGUGCCUUUAACAACAGACCCAACAUAUACGACCGCAACUGUGGCAGAGAUAUCAAAUACGCGGCCUUUAACAUCACUUCCCACACAUGCAGACACCACCGUGAUUCAGGUGGUAACGACAGCAGUCCCCACAAGUCCGGACUCUGCAGUUGUUGCAGUGGUCAUUGUUCUCAUCCUGGUGACGGUAGCUGCUUUGGGCUUCCUGCUUUACCGGUAUCUCUGCCACAAUAAAGGAGACUACAGGACGACAGGGGAGCUGGCUCCGGGAGAGGACCCCGAUGAGGAGUACAAUAACCAGGCUGCGAGUGAAAAGAAGGAAUACUUCAUAUGAAUGUGGUGGAUGACUUGCAGAUAGUGAGUGGGGCUUAAGAAAGAAAUAGUAUGUGGAGGCCUGAGAAGAAACAGGACUCUGUUUUUUUUGUUUUGUUUUUUUUUCCGUGUUUUGAGGGAAGGCUGCUACUUGCUGCACACUGGUUAGAGGAAUACCUUGUGUAAGAUUUUGUUUUAAAAAAAAAAACAAACAAAAAAAGCACAAGUGCACAAUAAAAAAACCAAAGAUGAAAUUAUUACUUUAGGAGUCAAUAUUGAUAGAUUUGGAGCAGGUGAGAGACAACAGGUUGUGUAUAGACUAGCAGAGCUAGGCAUGAAACAGGUGGUGGGGUUUUAAAAUGUCUACAGUCACUUACAUGAUCAGUAAAUACUCAGCAUGCUAUUAAAAUGUCAGAUAAGCUUGUAUGUUACACUGUUUAUCAGCUGUGUUUCGGUUUUUCUCUUUAGUAUCUGCACUAUGUUGUUUCAUUCAGACAUUCUAUACUUUUGCCAAACAGAUCUUGUACAAGACAAGUUACUUUCAUAUUGAUUUGCUUUUAAAAUUGUUGUUUUUCAAUGCAGUUCUUUUAAAAAGCUAGUCAAAAACAAUGUCCUGCUUUGAGUAAAGGACAGCAAACUUUA